AUGAUGGGAGUGGGCAACGCUGCGUCUUCCAUUUCUUUCUCUUAUUGUGGUUUAAUCCCAAAAAAUCCAAACCUAACUCUUAAAACCCAACAUUUACUCUUUAAAGUCAGUUCCACCCAUAAUUUCCAUUUCCACAGUAAAAUACCUGCUACUAGUUCAACGUUCCGCCGUCUACAUGCUCGACGAAAAGACAGCAUUGCUCCUCCAGCUUUCGUGAGCGAUUUUGAUGACCAGUACGAUGAUAUUGACGAUGAUGAGAUUGAUUAUGAUGAUGAAGAUGACGAAGAAUUUAUGCCGUUUGGGAAGAUGAAGAAGUGGCUUGAGGAAAAACCACGUGGGUUUGGUGAAGGCAAAGUUUAUGACACUCGUACUGAAGACAAACUGCUUGAAGAAAUUGAACAGAGCAGACUUGCUCAGGCUGCUAAUAUUAAUAAUCUCAAAAAUCCUAAUCCUGCUGCACCCAACAAGACUGGCCACCAAACUAAGAAAGCACCCGAUGCUAUACCAACUGGUAUUUGUGUGAGUGUCUUCAACCUUCCAAAGAAAAAGAACAUCCACAGAGAUUUGAAAUCAGCUUUUAAAGAUGUCUGUGGUAUUCUUAAUAUAAUCCCAGCUGUUUCUGGAAACAAGAAGACAAAAGAUCCUAUUUGCAAGGGCUAUGCUUUUGUUUAUUUCAAGUCAGAGGAGGAUGCUGCUAGCUAUGACAAACUAUUGAAGAUUGUGAUUUCUAUUGCUGGUCUUGAAAACAUCACUCCUGGUUUCUACAAUCGACAAACUCUUAUAGCUAUUUUGCUUCGAGAGGGUGGCGAGGAAAAUCAUCCCAGAGUCUUCCAACGCUUGUUUCUUGUAGGACAGUUCAUCUCGUUGACAUGCAUUAGCUCAUCUGAUUGGCUUAAGCAAAGUAUAGCAUUUGGUAAGAUUCAGAAGCAAAUAAAAUGUGAGAUGAAAAAUUCUAGCUCCUCAUCAUCUUUUGAUGAUAAGUCAGCUGGCAGCUUCUCCUCUGACACAGCUAAAUCUGAUGACCUGGAUGAUUCUUUUGAUGAUCUGCCUCCGCCAUUGGUGGCUUCUGUCAUGGAAGGACAGCUAAAUGCUGAUUUCAAAAUGGAUGAUUCUUUCUUUGAAGAAUCUGUCUCUGACACAUCUGAAGCUGAUGACCUGGAUAAGGAGCUAGAAGAUAUAACAGAGAAUGUUGAAUCUUUAAGCACAUCAGACUUGAGUGGUCGUGAUAGUUCAGAGUCAAGGAUGGAACCAGCUACUGGUUCCCUUUCCUUGAAGAAACAAGACAAAAAACGGGUUUCUAAGAAAAAGAUAAUUGCAAAAGGAGGGGGGCAGAAGGUUCCGAAGUUGGACAUCCCAGGGUCUGCAAAGAGGUUAAAGAUGAAGGAGAAGGCAGUGCUAACAGAUGUGUUCACUAAAUAUGGAUUAAAAGCUACUAUGGCUUCAACGAAAGAGAGUUGA